CGCUCUCGAUACGCGGAUAGUCAGAGUGGAGCGUUUACAAAAACGCGAUCCGUUUGGGGGGGUUUUCGCUGGUUUCCGCGAGUCUCUCGGUUCCCGGCCACCGUUUCCUCAGUGAAAAUGCCGCUGUGACAGUGAGGUGCGCGUGCCGUGUGCUCUCCUCGGCUUCGUCGCGGCCCCAGCAAAUCACCCGCCAACCGUCUUCGCGGAUUUUCGCCUCAGUACUGUUCCACCGAUCGCGCGGCUAUCUCUUAUCUUUUCGAACGUUCCCGUGUCUCUCUCUCCCACGCUCAUACGCUCUCUGUCUCUCUUACCCUCUGCCCUUCGCCAUUCGCGCGUUUUUUCUCUGUAUCUCGUCGUCUGCUAACCCUCCUCGCCGUAUGUCGUAAUCAAGAUUUGACACAAUCGAUGGUCAUGUCUACAAGUGCCGCGUGAGUUUCGUAAUCGGCUGCUACAGGAACCAGAUUCGCCGGCGGUGCAAACAGAUGUCUGCACAACGAUCACGUCUGAAGUCUUAAUGUGGCACUGAGUGAUGCAAGUGAUUUACUUCCAUUUCUUCGUCAAAUAUCGUCUACAUAUCUUCGCCCGACUACGUUGCCUGCAGAUAUUCUUCAAAGCGUGAGAGGUCACCGGGAAAAAGAAUGGACCGACUUCGGCGGAGUUUUCGGGAUAGCUUUCGACGCCGGAAAGAUCCUCACGUACCAGAAUCGAGUAAACCCCAUCAAUGGCAAGCAGACGAGACAGCUGUCCGUUCAGCUACGUGCGCCUUCCAUGUUAAGUACCUGGGAUGUGUUGAGGUGUUCGAGUCGAGGGGCAUGCAAGUAUGCGAAGAAGCCCUGAAAGUACUUAGAAAUUCGAGACGGCGGCCGGUUCGCGCAGUGUUGCACGUAUCCGGGGAUGGUUUGCGGGUCGUCGAAGACGAGACGAAAGGGCUGAUCGUCGACCAAACGAUAGAAAAAGUUUCGUUCUGUGCACCAGAUCGGAAUCACGAGAAAGGUUUUAGUUACAUUUGUAGAGAUGGAACGACCAGACGGUGGAUGUGCCACGGAUUUUUGGCGUUAAAAGAAUCGGGUGAACGGUUGAGUCAUGCGGUAGGCUGCGCUUUUGCUGCGUGUCUGGAAAGGAAACAGCGAAGGGACAAGGAAUGCGGUGUCACGAUGACAUUUGAUUCGAAAACCUCGACCUUUACGAGGAGCGGCAGUUUUAGGCAACCGAGCCUUACCGAACGAUUGCAGGAUGCGCGAGAACGAGCUGUUGAUGUACCCCCGUUGAAGCAGGUGUACAAUCCUUUUGCGAUCGAGAGACCACACGCUACCCCGUCGAUGCUAGAACGACAAGGUUCCUUCCGCGGUUUUACGCAACUGAAUCAAGCAUCUCCGUUCAAAAGACAGCUCAGCUUACGAGUCAACGAUCUUCCUAGCAACCUUGAACGAACGCGUAGCCACAGUCUCGAGCCGACAGAUUUGUCACGAAUGCCGCCAACAAUGUCUCACAUCGUACCUUUGAAACCGCCAGAAUUCGAAGGAUAUGACGAAGUUAGCCCGAUACCCGAGCUAUCGCCAGGGGUUCAAGAUAGCGUUUCGGCAAUGUGUCAGCAGCUCUCGCAAGGGCUUUCACUUCUUUCGAGCUGCGACGACUUCGGACCAAUGCCCAGCCAGAGCAGCACAAGCUCUGUUGCUAAACAACUUUUUACAAGCACUAUUGUGAAUAACACUUCACCAGUGACAAGCAGUAACUCGUUGGAUGAGUUGAAGUUGCAGAAUGGACCGAGUCUCAACAACAACAAUAACAACAACAACAACAACAACAACAAUAACGACAAGAACGACAAGAACGAAGAUCUCAGUAAUUUGAAUCACAUUGGACCCACUUGGAAAGAGUCACCGUCACCCGUUCUGGCUUCGAAUCAUAGACUUACGCCGAUCCUAAAUAAAACUACCAAUCUUAGUCCUAUCCUUCCAAGAACAAGUGCGACUACUCCAAUCGUGAUGAGUACCCCGGCAUCUACCACCACCGUUGGUGUAUUUGGUACACCACCUUCGGCCAGUCCUGCUUUUAGCACAGCAUCCACAUCCUCCUUGGGAAACGCGUCCACGCCAGCUGUAAAUAGGUCACCGAUUCCUACGAACUCUACGGUGACUCCGAAAACAACCUCGCCAACCACCAGUGUAGCCUCCUCUUCUCCAGCUUUGUCUGCUAGUAUCGCUACCGAUGCUAGCCAAGUCAAUCAAACCUCGGUAGCAAAUGCGAUUUCCAACGCAUCGGUACAACCAGUUGCGACGACAGCAUCAUUGCCGAAACCAGAGCAAUGGCUGGGAAGUAUAACCGGAGCGGUACCGUCAUCAGUGCAAUCUCCUUUACAGGGUCAGACCAGUCCUCGACGAGCGCCACCGCUUCACGCGAGAGCCCUCUCGCUUGGAUCGGCUGCGAUGGGACAAGCUACCAGGACUGGUCCAUCCGAUCCCUUCGAUGCCGAGUGGGCCGAGAUCGCAGCGAGAAAUCUGCGUCAGGCCAGCACGACGAAUCCUUUCAUAAUGCCAAACGCGACGCAAGCGUUUCAGGUGCAAUUGUAGCGCCAAGAGUUUAUCAACAGCGUUGCCAAGUUCUUCCGUUCUAGUACAUAAUGACGAUCAAGUGUUCGUUCGCAUUUCGACCAGUCGCAUGCUCGGAACUACGGUACAUCCUUGUUAAGAUUCCGGUCUGGUCGAUUGCCCGAGCCAGCACCUCGAAAUGCGAGAAGGAGCGAAGAACGGAAGAUGCGUCGAUCUCGAAGAGAUAUCUAGUAGCGAUGACGAUAGAGAAAGAAUUCGCACAAAAACACGUACCCGCAACAUUCUUUAGACGAGUAGAUUACGCACACAGCCUAUCAAUGACCUCAAAUUAAAUGUAUACGCGAAGCGAAUAGAAAUACAACAAGAAAGGGACCACCGCGAUGGUCACCGUUUAAGAUGGGUACGACGAAGCUCGUCGAUCGGUCGAAGAUAACGUUUCAAAUAUUGUCGCACACUCGCUUGCGGGCCAAAUUAGACGUCGCUGGUAUCGAUAACAUAUUUAAAUGUCUAUCGCGAGAUAAACUUAUAAACGAGGUGUACAAUAAUCUCGAGUAGUUUAGGCUCAAAACGAUUCCCGUCUUUCUGCAUGAAGAAACAAAAUUUGCACGCACUCCAAGAUUUUUGCUGCACCACAAAUGUUUCGACGAAAAUGACAAAAUGACGAAAAAAAAAAAAAAAGAAAUGAAAAAUAAGAUGUAAGUAGUUUAGUCCCGGCUACGUGGCAAGAAAUAUUUUCGUUUACAGCGAUAACAGUCGAGAAACGGUGUAAACGAAAAAAUCGACCCGAGUACCAGGAAUUGAAGA